AUAAUUUUUGUGGCAUGGCAGUCUUAAAACCUCAUGAAUUUUUUAGAGUGGAAAAAUACCCUGUACUUGACAUCUGACUUAUUCAAUUUAAUCGAACCGGCACGCAAGUGAGUUCAAAAGAGAAAGGUUUGAAAAUCCAUAACUAACCCCUCGAUGAAGGAGUUAAUUCUGUGCGACCUUUCCAAUCAAAACGGCAAUCGUCACCACUAAGCUCUCUCUUUAUCACUCCACGUUACUAACUAACUCCUUCCUUCGCUCCACAUUUUAGCAAACAACCGCUAAUACAAUGGAGCUACAAACAUUACUCUCAUCCCUGGGUAUCGACGACAUUUACUUCUCUGUCGUUUCCGAUGACGAAAAUAACCCUGUCCCUGUCUCCGAUGACGAAAAUAACCCUGUCCCUCUCUCCGAUGAUAAGUACGCUGAAGCCUUACAGUUUCAAGAAGCCUUAAUGGCCUCUCUCAUCACUGAUCAUCAAAACUCCUCUUUCUCUUCCUCCUCCUCCUCACCACCACCGCCGCCUCCAGCAUUGCUCUGUAUAGCCUCUCUCAUCACUGAUCAUCAAAACUCCUCUUUCUCUUCCUCCUCCUCCUCACCACCACCGCCGCCUUCGGCAUUGCCCUGUAUAGCAUCUUCAUCAAAGUCUAUUGUUGAUGUUACUGUUCUCCCCAAAAUGAAGUUCGCGACCGAAGAAGCAAGUGAGUCGUCUUCAAUAAUCAUUUGCGAAAUUUGUGCGGAAGCGAAGAUGGUUGAUGAAAUGUUCAAGAGCCAGAAAUGUUACCAUUCGUUUUGUACUGAAUGUGUAACAAAACACGUGGCAACAAAAAUCCAAGAAAACAUUACGGUUGUUCCUUGUCCUGGUUUGAAUUGCAAGGGUUUGUUGGAGCUUGAUGUUUGUAGAAGUUUGCUUCCAAAAGAAGUAAUUGACAGGUGGGAUGAUGCCUUGUGUGAGGCGCUUUUACUAUCUGUUCCUAAAUUCUAUUGUCCCUUUAAGGAUUGUUCUGCAAUGUUGCUUGAUGAAAAUGAAGGUGGAGAAGAAAUCAGGGAAUCUGAGUGUCCUUUUUGUCAUAGAUUGUUUUGUGCAACGUGUCAUGUUCCUUGGCAUCCUAGUGUUGAUUGUGACGAGUUUCAGAAACUUAAUGUGGAUGAGAGAGGAAUUCAAGAUCUUCUUGUUAGAGAGCUUGCUAAUCAGAAAAAAUGGAAAAGGUGUCCCAAAUGCAAAUUCUACAUCGAAAAAUUUGAAGGCUGUUUGCAUAUCACAUGCAGGUGCCGUUUUGAAUUUUGCUAUGCUUGCGGUGAAAAAUGGACAUCUAACCAUGGUGGUUGCCAACGAAACUAGAUAGAUUUGACAGAUUUAAUAAAGAAUGAUAGUGUAUGAGUAUCACUAUUAUUUCUGAUUUUCAUGAAGUAGGUAGUUUGUUGGUCGUCUUGACGUGGAUGUCACGAUUAUUAGCUAGUUUAGUAAGACUUUUUUUUUAUGCUUGUAAGAAAAAUAUGUUGCGUGGUCCUUUUGAAAGUAUACAUGCUAAGUUGCUAUUGCUUAACAUGAAUCAUGGAUGUCUUCAUGCAUGUCUUGAUCUUACUCCUGUUCUGAUGUUUAUGUUGGUCUUACACUCUUCUUCUACCCAGUUGUUCACGUUAGAAUAAUCUUCUCGAGUUCUAACAUUUCCUUCUGUUAUUAAGAAUUGUAACAAAACCAGCAGUGACGCUAUAAUUGUCAGGCUGCAACUGGGCGUUAAGUUUCGCGCCUUUGCACCAAUGCACUGUCAAUUGGCAUAUCAUUAUGUGAUUUCCUGUCAAAUAAAUUUUCUGAAAUUUCUACUUAGUUUUGUUUUUUUUAUAAAGGAUCGGAUGCCAACUAGUAAUGUUUUGUGGUAGCCAUUUUUAGAGGAUGCCAUGAUAGCUCAACCCUCAAAUUAAGGGUUAUCAAUAUAUUCCAGUUCUCUUAAUUUUAGUUUUGAUGAAAUAAUCGAUAUGGCACCAUAGUGGGUUAUGUUUUGACUCAUUACCUCUAGAAAAGGCUUUUGGACCGUGCAAAACUUUGCUGAAUACUGCCCCGUAUGCAAAACUGUGCUGAAUCAAUCAAUUAGCUAUGCUACUCCACUAUGACACCACUUGGAGUAUAAAACAAAAGAGACAUGUGUCCUAAUGUUGACGCACAUGUUAAUGAUUUAAAUAAACAUGUGCCCCAAUGUUAAGGCACAUGUUAAUGAUUUCAACGUAAAUUUUUGUCUUAAACUUGAGUUAUCAACUCUAUAAAACUUCAAACAUUAUGUUUUUCAAUAAAAAAAAAGUGCCUUUUAAGACCCAUGUUUGUAUGGCCAAAAACAAAAUGCUCUUAGUACUAGUUUCUUUUGGAUUACCCCAUCAGAUGUCAAAGCAUAACACCCCUUUAUUUCUCUUACAAUUUAUAUUCCCUUCACUAAGCAUUCCUCACAUCAACUUUGAAAUGUAUGACAAUACCAAUUACAAAGGCGACUAUAUUUUUUAAGGGGUCUCUACCAAUAUUAAUCAAAUCAUGAUGCCUCAACAAAACAAUGGUGUCAGAGUUAUAACUGCUGGCAGAUGCAGCCGCAUAACUCUUUAAAAUUAUGUCUAGCGGUAAAAUGAAACCGGUGUCAGCCAGUUUUUGCAGGAGUGAACAAUGAAGCAGCUCUCAAUAAAAAAACCUUAUUCUUUCCGAGGAAAACUGUAUGUCUGUUUGCUAUGGCAUUGUUCCGGGUUAAAGGAAAUAUCACUUGCUAGAGGCUCAGUUGAACAACAUCAAAAUAUUAAACUUGCUAGGAAAAGGGAAGAGAAGAAAAGAGACGAGAAAGCAAUGAAAUGAAAAUAGAAGCUACAGAGAUUAGGGUACAAGCAGAAGGCCCUCCAAAUGUGCUUAAAACAAACCAUUUAACAGUAGGCAAUUGGGAUUAAAUUGAAUGAACAAAAAAACUUGUGUUGUUGCAAGAAACAUGUUUUGUUCAGGAUGAUAUUAAACUUACCAACUAAAUUCUAGAAAGCACUACGAUGUAUCUACCACAUGCAUUGCAAUCAAUUAUGACAAACAAGUUGAAGUAACAAGCAAUUUCAUAACAUUCUCGAAAAUAAAAUUUUAAUCAACCACAAAACUCAACUUGAAAUUGUAUCUUUCAAUUUCCAUUUUCAGAUCCAGCUUAAGUUCCUACUGGUUAAUUGAAAUAUCAAAAUCAAAAGUAAUGUGAAAAUCAACACAAGCACAUUGAAAGGGAAGUUCAAUACACACCCAUGAAACAAGGUCGACAUAAAUAUGUUCAAAAGCUUUUGAUUACAAGACAAGAAUCCAAACCUACAAAACUACUGUGUUGGACAACACUAUGCCCAACACUAACAUACUGUUGUUAAUCAUUUAACACAAGAUUCAAUAGGUUUGUGUAUCAGAUGAUCAGAAGAUUCAAGACAUGAUAUAUUUCCAGACCCAAGUAUAGUGUGUAUCAGAAAUUGUUAUCUAUUCCUAUUGCUUUUAAUUUUUCAGGAUGAUAUCAAAAUAGAACUUGUUAAUACCCCACUCCCGGUAGAACUAACCACCAAAACGAUGCUACUCACUUUUUUUCACUCACUGCCAAGAUGCAUGUGCAGAUGCCUUUGUUAUUAAGGGUUUACUUGGCUGAGUAGGUUGAAAACGGGAAGGUGAGACCUUGGAAUGAAAAUCAUUUUAUGUCUUGUUUGGUAUGACAAACAAUGAAAAGGAAAUCUACUAUUUUACCUUGGGUUAUAAAAUGUCAUUUUCACCUUCCCAUUUUCCUCCUACUCAACUAGACAGACUAAAAGUGUGAAAUAGGAGAACUUGGAUCAUCAAACACGUUGGCCAAAGACUGAGGCAUAAAACGUUAACUAUAAAAACCAGUCUAGCAGGGGAAUUUACAAAUUCUAUCUAAUACCAAUAACAUCCAGGUUUUCAGGAAACUUCACAAAAUAACAAGCAAUGAGCAAAGUAAUAGUAAAGCAAUUUUCGGAUUAGAAGGGAGGUCAACAAUUGUCUCUUCUUCAACACAAUGUAUCAUAAUACAAAUGCAGGCAUGACCAUGGUAAUUAUCACAAUCCACUGUACUAGGCCGCAGAAUUAAGCAGGUACUUCGACUAUUGAACGAAAAUUAUAACAAAGAUUUUAGGAAAAUAACACGUUUUGAAUCGCAAUUUUGGAUAAGUAAAUUAACCUAAAAGAAAAUACAUCAGUAGAAGAGCAUAUCAAAUAGUUUAACAAAUAAUAAUCCGUGACGAUACUGCCAAGGAUACAUGUUGUGAGCCAAAGCAUGAUCGUACUAUUAUCCGUAUUACCUAAACUUCUGGUUUUGUCAAAACUAUUUAGAGACAACAAAAUUAGGAUAUUCUAAGGGACUGUUUGGUUCAACGUAGGGGAGGGGGGAUUUUAAAAUCUUUUGUCUUUGGUUUAACAAGGGGAGGGAAGAGAUCUUAAUAGAGGAUAGUGUAAAAUUACAUAUUCAACCAUUGUAAUAUUUAAGAUCACAUUAAAUAAAAGCCUACUUAAAUCCAAAUAUGAUAUAAAUACUUUCUCCCCUCUAGAUCCCCCCACUCUUGGAGGGGAGCUAAAAUUGGGAUUUGGCCCCCCUCCCCUCCCAACCAAACACAAUUGGAAGUAGUAAGCAACUCUGGACAUAUGGUUAUUUUUGGUCAACAGAAUUCUCUCCUCCAAAAGUGCUAAGUGGAUCAAAUUUUGGUCAGGAUAAGCAACUUAAUAUAUAUCUAUGGGUUUAACAAAACCUACUUCCUUGAUUUUCUCAUUCA